CGCGGUGGGUGAGCGCGCGGUGCGGACUCGGGUGUGAGCAGCUGAUCGGGUCCGCGGUCCGUCAUGAGCCUCCUCUUCCUCCUCCUCCUGACCGUCUCAUUGGCUGUUGACGGUCAGCUGAUCUCUGUCUCAGGGUUGUAUGGCAGCCUCCAGUCUCCAAACUUCCCGGAUGCGUAUCCCAGGGAGACGGUGCUGCGCUGGAACAUCAGCGUUCCAGACGGUUUCCAGGUGCGGCUGUACUUCAGCCAUUUCGACCUGGAGCCGUCCUACCUCUGCGAAUACGACUACGUCAAGGUGGAGGCGGAGGGCGAGGUGUUGGCGUUGUUCUGCGGUCGAGAACCCACGGACACCGAGUCGAUCCCGGCCCAGCAGACGGUCACCUCCCCCAGGAACUCUCUCAGCCUCCUGUUCUCCUCCGACUUCUCCAACGAGGAGCGCUACGCCGGCUUCAUGGCUCACUACAGCGCCGUGGACGUAGACGAAUGCAGUGACCGGAGCGAUGAGGACCUGCUCUGCGAUCAUUUCUGUCACAACUACAUCGGAGGAUACUACUGCUCCUGUCGCUAUGGUUACCUGCUGCACUCCGAUAACCGCACCUGUAGAGUGGAAUGCAGCGACGGUGUGCUCAGGGAACGCUCGGGAAUCCUCAGCAGCGUCGACUUCCCGGCUCCGUAUCCGAAGAGCUCCGAGUGUCUGUACCGCAUUGAGGCGGAGCCGGGCUUUAAGCUCCGCCUCCAGUUCGAUCCCAGCUUCGACGUGGAGGAUCAUCCUGACGUCACGUGUCCCUACGACUAUGUCCAGAUUAAAGCAGGAAGCAACGAGUUCGGCCCAUUUUGUGGAGACCGAUCCCCAGGACUGAUUGAAACCGACAGCAAUGAAGCCACCAUCGUCUUCCACAGCGACAACUCAGGAGAAAACACAGGAUGGAGACUCACAUACACAGUGACAGGAAGUAAAUGUCCAGUACCUGAGACUCCGCCCAAUGCCCUGCUGAACCCCGUCCAAUCAGAAUACAUCUUCAAAGACCAUGUUCUGUUCACCUGUGAACCUGGGUACAGACUGUUGAAGGAUGGGGAGUUGUUGGAUCAUUAUCAGCUGGACUGUCAGGUAGAUGGGUCAUGGAGCAGCAGCGCCCCCCAGUGUCAGAUGGUGGAUUGUGGGAGUCCGAAGGCAGUGGACAUGGCAGAGGUGGAGUUUGGUAACCAUGACAAUACUACGCUGUUCGGUGCAACUGUUCGCUACGUUUGUAGGAACGACAGUUUCCAACUGGAGAGUGAAGGUGAGUUCAUCUGUGGACCAGACGGAGAAUGGACCAAUCAGGAAACAGGAAAUAAGCUGCCCACCUGUCUGCCAGCCUGCGGUCGCCCGUCUCGCUCCCUCCCCGCUCAAGUGAAAAGGAUUGUGGGAGGUCGUAGUGCCGAGCCCGGUAUGUUCCCGUGGCAGGUUCUGCUCAGUGUGGAGGAUCUGUCCCGGAUCCCGGAGGACCGCUGGUUUGGGUCCGGAGCCCUGCUGUCCCCGUCCUGGGUCCUGACGGCGGCCCACGUCCUGCGGUCCCAGAGGAGGGACGCCAGUGUGGUCCCCGUGGCACCGGAACAUGUCCAGGUUUUCCUCGGCGUCCUCAACACUCAAGACAAACGUCUGUCCACACAACGCUCCGUGGACACCAUCGUCCUGCAUCCAGACUUCCAGCCUGACAACUACAACAACGACAUCGCCAUGGUGAAGCUGAGUCAGGGGGUGGAGUUUGAUGAUGUCAUCCGACCCGUGUGUCUGCCGAUGCCAAACAUGAGGGAUGAGCCCCCCCUCCCAUCACCUAACUCUCUGGGUGUGGUCGCCGGGUGGGGGAUCUCCACCCCCAAUACCUCCUCCUCCGGUGACCCCUCCUCCUCCGGUGACCCCUCCUCUCUGAUCUCGGACCCCAUCGGGGCCGCAGACCUCAGGUUGACCUCCGACCUGCUGCAGUACGUGAAGCUGCCGGUGGUGUCCCAGGACGAGUGUCGGUCCAGCUACGCCUCGCGCUCCGUCAGCUACAACAUCACCCACAACAUGUUCUGCGCCGGCUUCUUCGAGGGGGGGCGGGACACCUGCUUGGGCGACAGCGGGGGGGCGUUUGUCAUGGAGGACGAGGUCAGGCAGAGGUGGGCGGUGCUCGGUCUAGUGUCCUGGGGCGGACCCGAGGACUGCGGCAGCCAGAGGGUCUACGGGGUCUACACCCGGGUCUCCAACUACGUGGACUGGAUCCAACGCCUCCUUCGCAGCGCCCCCCAGUGGUGAACGAGGCGGGAACCCGUCCACACUGGACCAGGUUCAAUGUGUUCACACAGCGUUUGGUUUUUCAUCUGAAGUGAAACGUCACUGACACUAAAAGUGACCAUUGUCUGAUUUCUACAGUUAUCCGAUUAUUAUUGAUCAUAUAAACAGUUUAAUCUGAUAUAUUUGAUCAGCAGUAAUCUGAUUACAGAAAAUCAGAUUAACACAUUUGGAUUUGCCCCAGUACUCUGUCUUCACAUAUGUAAACAAGUUAGUCUGAUUUAUUUAGUUCUGUUACAUCUGAACAUGUGGAAAAUACAUUAAAUUGUGGAAAUGGAAUUAACAUUAAAGAGAAUAAAAGUUUGAGUCUAUCAUCACGAAAUAAAUCCAAUAAUCCAAUUUUUUUUUUAAAUGAACUCAUUUUUUUAACUAUUUUUUUUUCCCUGUCAGACAGGAUUAUUACAAUUAUCUGAUUUAGUCCCAGUUGUCAGAUUUGUAUGUUCAUGUAAACGGGCUCAGUGUGUUCGAUGUUUACUCAGAUAUCUGUACUUUAUGCAGUUUUAUUUUCCAUCUGUGUGAGUCUGAUUUUAACCUGAAACAUGACUUGGUCAGUGAACGUCACACACAACAAAACCAAUAUUAAAAUGUUAAAUCCUGUCGUUGUCUUUAACCCUCUGGUGUCCCGCCCACAGACGUCCUUCUAACCACAUGUCAGAAUUUUUUUCACACAGUUUGUUUUAAACUUUUUCUCUUUUUUUUUCAACUUUUUUUAUUUCAUCAACAAAAAUACCAAAUACUCAGUAAUUGUCAUUUUUAACCCUUUA